AUGCACACGCUGUCCUACGCCUCCCUUCCGCCACUUCCGCUCGACCCACCCUCUCUCGCCGAGGAAGAUGCCGGCCUCACCGACCGUGUCGCUGCGCUCGAGUCUUUCUUCUCCCUUCCCCGCUUCGCGGGCCUCUCGCGCCCGUAUUCCGCGCACGAUGUCGCCUCGAAGCAGGGCACCGUUCCCCCACUGCCGCUUCCCUCCGCUCUGACCGCCGACAAGCUCUGGCGACUGUUCCAGGCGCGCGCUGCAGAGCGGGCACCGGUCCACACCAUGGGCGCCGUCGACCCCGUUCAGAUGACCCAGAUGGCUCGCUGGCAGGAGGUUCUCUAUGUGAGCGGAUGGGCUGCCAGCAGCCUGCUCACUACUGCUCGGAACGAGGUCGGCCCUGAUAUCGGAGACUACCCAUACACAACCGUACCGAACCAGGUCGAACGCCUCUUCCGCGCACAGCAGUUGCACGACCGCAAGCACUACGAUGAACGCAUUGCCAUAGGCUCUGAGGCUCGCGCUCGCACCCCUUACAUCGACUACCUCCGCCCCAUCAUUGCCGACGCGGACAUGGGACAUGGUGGCAACUCGACUGUGAUGAAGCUCAUGAAGCUGUUUGCUGAGGCUGGCGCUGCAGCAGUACAUCUCGAGGACCAACUCGUCGGAGGCAAGAAGUGCGGGCAUCUCUCGGGCAAGGUGCUCGUCCCCACCUCGACGCACAUCUCACGGCUCGUCGCGGCGCGUUUCCAGCUCGACCUUCUCCUGCACCCGAUGCUCCUCAUCGCGCGUACGGAUGCGGAGAGUGCACGUCUCAUUUCGUCCACUGUUGACGUGCGCGAUCACCCAUUCAUGCUUGGUGUUCAUCUCGAUGCGGGACGGCGGGAGAAGCCUCUCGCGGAGGCAGUAGAGGAGGCAGAGGCCCGUGGCGCCAGUGCAGAGGAUGUCGGGCGCGUCGAGGUGGAGUGGCUCGAGCGGAACAAAUUGUGCACCUUUGAGCAAGCCGUCGAGCGUACGAUUGAACGGUCUUCGCUCCAGCACAAGGAUGCUGCGCUCGCCGAGUUCCGCUCGGCGUCCGCGGGCAAAUCGAACACGGACGCGCGCGACAUUGCGCAAGACAUUCUGGGCGUGCCUGUGAGCUGGGACUGGGAUCUGCCGAAAACGCGUGAGGGAUACUACCAUUUCACAGGCGGGCUUGAGGCCGCGACGCGACGUGCACGAGCGUUCGCACCGUAUGCGGACCUACUUUGGGUUGAAACGAAGCGACCAGACCUUGCACAAGCGCAAAGCUUCGCUCGCAGCAUUCGAGAACAAUUCCCUGAGAAGUACGUAUUGUUCGUGUAUAAUUUGAGCCCGAGCUUCAACUGGUCGGCACAGGGCUUCUCAGAUACGGACUUGAAGAACUUUGUCUGGGAUUUGGCAAAGGAAGGCUUUGUUCUGCAGCUCAUCUCGCUCGCAGGCCUGCAUUUGAACGCAACCGCCACAGCCGAGCUUGCGCAGCGCUAUAAAACCGAUGGCAUGCUCGCGUACGUCGAGCUUGUUCAGCGCAAGGAGAAGGAGCUCGGGUGCGAUGUGCUCACCCACCAGAAGUGGAGCGGCGCGAAUUACAUCGACCGCAUCCUCACGACAGUCUCUGCGGGCUCAUCGAGCACAUCAGCGGUGGGCAAGGACUCGACGGAACAUUCGUUCUGAUCAGACAUGCUACGUUAUGACAAUGUUCUUCACGUCGAUGCAUCAGGAAGUCCGUUCAAAGAGGCGUUGAGCGUGAGAUUAUAGGCAAUAUGGCACGACGCCCAGCUGUCGUCACAGUCACACGUCGACACUACAUUCUUUCUUUGGCUAUGUUACAUCGUUGUUUGAUUACAGGGAUAUUCAAUACAUUCAACCCUCC